ACAAGUGGCAAACGGUUGACCAGCAAGCCGGGCAACCUGCGCGGACCUGCAAACAGCAGCCACACAGUCUGCAACCAUUCUGUCUACUCACCGUGCACGUGGGAGCCCGCAGUAGGAGGAGGCACCGAAAACCGUCGGCGUUCCCGAUCAGGGAAGAUGGCAAAUGCUUGUAGGCCUACACUUCUCUACUCUACUAUCAUCCUACUGACUGUGUGCAAUCAGGUUGUCUCGAUGGCAGCUACAGUAACAGUCAGACUAAGAGAUGCAGCUCGUGUACGAGCUGGUGCCACGCCCACCUUUAUCUGUACGACAACUGAUCCUACCAGCAACAAACAGCCUGUCAUCACAAAAUGGACGAAAGGGCCUGAUCUAACUUUAUCAGCAGGUAGUCAAUACGACAUAUACAGCAACAAGGAAUAUCUUGCAGUCAUAUCCAUAACAAAGUCUGGAGAAGGAUGGUACUAUUGUUAUGCACGAACGGCUUCAGGCCAAACAAUAAGUGGGAAAGCAUACAUCUAUGUUAUAGUGGAGCCAACGGUGAUGUCACGUAGUGCAACUGUGUUGGUGGCUGGAACUGCUACUGUUGGAUGUUACGGUUCUGACUAUUUUCUAAUGGAUUGGAAAUUCAAGGGGCUGAUGGUAUCAGAUGGUCCUCGGCAUGCGUUACGAGGUGAUAACCUCACCAUCAGUCAAGUUCAACGAUCAGACAGUGGAACGUAUGAGUGCAUAGCAUCCAAUGAGAAGUACCGUGUGUCAGCAUAUGCUACUCUUACUGUAGAAUAUGCACCAGUGAUUGUAAACAGUCCUGAAAAUGUUGACAUUCCAGCAGGUUAUGAUGCACAGUUUCAGUGUAAUGUUAGUGGGCAACCAAACCCCACAGUGUCAUGGCAACACAAUGAUGAAAAUCUCAAUCGUGUUUUGCUUCGUUAUCGAGUUAGAGAAGUGGGUGGUGUUCACACACUGACAAUUAAGAGUGUAACAAAUACAGACAAUGGACGAUACACUUGCUCAGUAGCCAAUACGUUUGGGACGGUGACGAGUUCUGCAGAGUUAACAGUUCCACCAAAUGGUCAAUCAAUUGUACACAAGACAAUUGUUUAUGGUCAAAGUUAUACUUUGGGACCCAAACCAGUAGGAACCGACAACUUCAUAGUUCAUUGGACCAAAGAUGGCAAUGCAAUAAACUACAAGGAGAACAGCAGAAUAAUCAAGAACACUGAUGGAACGUUGCUCAUCACCAAAGCUGAUUAUGUCGAUGCUGGUGAAUAUGAGUGGAUCGCCAAGUCUGGUGCGGAUCGAUUUGAUCAGCGGAUUAAUGUAACUGUAGAAGGUCCACCAUUUGCACCAACAAGUGUCACUGCAAAAGUGAGUGCAGACACUUCAGAGGAAGCACCUGUACUUGGUGCAGUAGUUGUCAACUGGACUGAACCAGAGUUUGAUGGCAGUAAAAAUAACCAACUAACUGGAUAUGAAAUCAACUGUCGUCUAGUUGGAGCAGCAACAUGGACAACCAUGCAUGUCAGUAAAGACAAACGCUCAGCAACAAUGUCGUGUCUAACUGCUGUAGGCAAUUAUGAAAUCAUUGUAUUUGCAUUGAACAAACAUGGACAAAAUGGGUCCCAACCUUACAUGCUUAACUUUCAUCCUGGUGAGUUAAAGUUUGGGACAACAGAGCUCACCGUAUUAACAACUGAAUUAGAACGUAAUUUAACGAAGAUUGGAAUGGGUGCAAACAACGAGGACAACAAUCUUGUUAUACUUGGUGGUGUCUUGUCUGUAUUGUUUGUAUUGGUUUUUACUAUUGUUGCCUUCAUGGUCAUCUACAAGAUGAAAAAAUGCCGGCAUGUGGCAAUGUAUAGACACGAUGAGAACGGAUGUGGGCAGACAGAUGAAGGGGUGAACAACAAUCAGCGAAGAACACCGCCUCCAAUACCACCGCCUCCAAUACCACCAAAACCUGUAGUAUAUGACAACAUAGAGAACUACAGGCGACCACCAACACACUUGCCGUUGCGUCCACGAAGAUUAAGCACCCAAUCUACUCAAGCUCUACUACGUAGCAACUCUGACACCUCCGAAUCCAUACAACCGUCAUCACCAUCCUCAAUCGAUACCGAAUCAUACACAAUCACAUUCAACAGCACCACAGCCUCCACCACUCCAACAACCACCAACAACUUGUUUGUAGACACGAGCAACAACUCAUACCAACGUGCGAUGGAAUCCGUCCGAGAAAUUGAUCAGGAAAACGACCAACAAGACGACAACAGAGACGACACGACUGACCAAAUGGCUAACCAAAUAUCUUGCCAAAUUGUUGACCAAACAACCAAUCAAAUGGCUGACCAAAUGGCUGAAGAAACGACUGAUGUGAUUUUGGAUGUUGACACUGUGAAUGCCAUGAAUUCAAGCAUGCGCAGUCGGUUAGAGUUUGGGUCUCGUUCGUCUCGAUCGUCUCUAGAAAGUGUCAACUGAUCGACUAGUCCGCCCUCAGCCUCUCACCUCAUGUAAUUAUUUCCUCCCUCUUAGUGUAUUUAUGCUUCCUUCUAAUGUAGUUGUGGUCACUCCCUUGAGUUGUUGUGCUCAUUCGUUAAUGUGGGUGCAUGUAUUGUAUCUAGGGAUCGAGAUAUUGUGUUGUACAUAUAGAGUCAAGCUAACAGUUUGUCAAAUUUAUUGAAGUUGGCAAUCUGAUUGGACAUAGAUGUAGCAAUUGUUAAUGCUAUUUGGUGAAUGCGUUGAUUGCAGUUGUUACAUUUUUCUUGUGCAGAAAUGUUAGGGAUUUUGUUGGUAUUGAUAUCAAUCAUGUAGUUGUUGACCGUCACUACAUCUAGACGACAAAAUCCUUUACACAGCAUUGUCAAAUCGUCUCCUCGUGAACCCGUAAGAGCAACUCAACACUCCUCUCAAUCGUCGUCAAGGGCAACGGGCACCAGAGACGUCAUCAGCAACUUGAGAGGAAACGAGGCUGCCAGGGGGCAGGUGGCAAUUUGAAGAGCUGGGGAAGAGAUAGAACUAUGAAAUCACGUGAUGUGAAUAACAGUUAUGCGUCUCACGGUGGUAGUAGAGAGAAAUUGGAUGGUGGAAGGUUAUUAAGAGAUGUUGGGUGUGAUGGGAGGGUUGAGAAGUCUCGUUUGUAUGGUAGUACUGCUAUGCGGAGAGCUGGCAGCAUGGAGUCGUUGAUGUCACUGAUUGAUAAUGAUGACAGUCAUGACUUGAGGAAAUUGAUGGGAGGUCGGGGCUCGUUUAAUUACUCCUACACCAAGGAGAAGGUCAUACAGCAGUGACAUGAAUGCGUCACAUCAAGCUACACAAAGACUGACAUUAGUGAUUUGUAUGGGGCUACCUCAAGACAAUCGACAUAUAAAGACUGUAUGAAAAGUUGAAGCGCAACUCGUCUAUGCUGUGAUGCAAUAAAAAGAGACAUUGAUGUCACAUCAAUGGACUAGAAUCUGUUAGAAGAACACACAUAUACUUGGGUGGAAGUAGAACAUCACAACAUUCUGACAGCUCUGGAGGUAGUAAGACAAAUGUAUGAAGAUAUUGAUGUGUUGCUGUCUGUUUAUAUGUUUGUCUGUCUGUCUGUCUGUCUGUUGUCUGUCUUUCUGUCUGUCAGUCUCUCUGUUUGUCUGCUGUCUGUCUGUCAUGUCAAAUCACAUUUAUUUGAACAUUUAUCUAUCAUACACAGUGUACGACAAAUUGUCUCAUCUCAUCUCUAAGUUGUGCCCCGGCAACCAUACGUUAAACUUUUCGUUGUCCGGUCAUUACUCUGGUUGCCCAUAAACUAAUUUAUGACUUGCUAGAUUUAUGAAAUUAUAUGUACUUACAGACAGCCAAAAUACAGCUAACAAACAAACAGACAGACAGACAGACAGACAGACAGACAGUGCACAUAAAUAUUUACAUUUUAUCACGUGUAUUAGCUUUGAUGUAUAAAAGUGCACUGACGGACGGACAGACAGACGGACAGAAAAGCAGGCAGACAGACAGACGGACAGAAAAGCAGACAGACAGACAGACAGACAGAAAAGCAGACAGACAGACAACUGAGUGCAGAUAAGACGAGUUCAAACAUCAUUGGACGACUCGAUUCUCUAUUGCGAUGCAGCAAUGCAAUGCAACAGUGUUACUGCGGAAGAUGAGUGGAGUCCAGUAUAGUGGUGAAUCAGUUGGUGCCAUUAGUAAUUCUGUUAGCUUAUUGUCAACUGUUUGACUCUUAGUCGUAAUUAGCGACCUCUUGGGUCUAAUUUGUCGUAGAACUUGCUGAUUCUUAGCAUAUUGUAGAUUGUAAUAAUUAAUGUCUUGUAUAAGAAAUACAUGUAUUGACAGACAGACAGACAGGCAGGCAGACAGGUUAUUCUAUUAGGAUACAUCAUCUCUACACACUAGAAUACAUGAUUUUUCAAUAAUUAAAGAAAGUGCUUCAUAAACAAGUUCAACUAUUUCAAUGUGUGAAGCACUGAAUGUAUCUAUCUCUGCUAACUACAGUAUCCUCCAUUAGUCUGUUUGUUGACA